AUGGGCAAAUAUAAUAAAUGUAACGAAUCUGACUGUUAUAUUGCCAAAAUUGAAGAGAGACAUAGAGAAUUAGUGCAAGGCUGUGGUAAAUGUUCGGCCCGACAUAGACUGCGUAACUGUUUUAAUUGUUCAACUCCACUCUGCAAUGACGAAACAAAACUUCCUCAAAUUAAAUGUUACCAACUUACUUUCAAUCAACAGCCUUAUGUGACGAAAUCUAAGACAUGUCAUCCAACCUUUGAAAGUUGCUACAUUGCUAGGGACAUCUUUUGGAGGGGUAAGAAAAAUUGGUAUUCAUAUGUUAUAUCACUGUAUUUUCCUAUCUUAUCUAAUAUUCUACAUUUUUAA